AUGCCUAGGAAGAAGCCCUUCAGUGUGAAGCAGAAGAAGAAGCAGCUGCAGGACAAGCGGGAGCGGAAGCGAGGGCUCCAAGAUGGGCUUUGCUCCAGUUCCAAGAGCAGCAGCGGGGUCCGGGAGCGGUGGGAGGAGCGGACCCGCAAGGCUGAUGGGGAAUCUGUGACCCAUCAUAUCCGCAGGCUCAACCAGCAACCUUCCCAGGGACUGGGGCCCAGAGGCUAUGACCCCAACCGCUACCGCCUGCAUUUUGAACGGGACAGUCCAGAGGAGGUGGAGAGGAGAAAGAGAGCAGCCAGAGAGCAAGUGUUGCAGCCUGUCAAUGCUGAAGUGCUGGAGUUGGAUAUCCGGGAAGUGUAUCAGCCUGGCUCAGUCCUGAACUUUCCCAGGCGGCCUCCUUGGAGCUAUAACAUGUCCAAGGAACAAAUAAUGAGCCAAGAGGAGCGGAGCUUCCAGGAAUACCUUCGGAAGAUACAUGGGGCAUACACUUCGGAGAAACUCAGCUACUUUGAACACAAUCUGGAGACAUGGAGGCAGCUGUGGAGGGUGUUAGAGAUGUCUGACAUCGUCUUGCUCAUUACUGACAUCCGACAUCCGGUGGUGAACUUCCCACCAGCACUUUAUGAGUAUGUAACUGGAGAACUAGGGCUGGCCCUGGUGCUGGUCUUGAACAAGGUGGACCUGGCCCCGCCAGCUCUUGUGGUUGCCUGGAAGCAUUAUUUCCACCAGCACUACCCCCAGCUCCACAUCGUCCUGUUCACCUCUUUCCCCCGGGACACGCGAACCCCACAGGAGCCUGGUAGUGUCUUGAAGAAGAAUCGGAGACCAGGGAGAGGAUGGAAUCGGGCACUGGGGCCAGAGCAGUUGCUGAAAGCCUGUGAAGCCAUCACUAUGGGAAAAGUGGACUUGAGCAGCUGGCGAGAGAAGAUUGCUAGGGACCUGGCUGGGGAGUCCUGGGGUAAUGUCUCUGGUGAGAAAGAGGAGGAGGAAGACCAGCCAACAGUACUGGUAGAGCAGCAGACUGACUCAGCAAUGGAGCCCACGGGCCCCUCCAGAGAGCGCUACAAGGAUGGGGUGGUGACCAUUGGCUGUGUAGGUUUCCCCAAUGUGGGGAAGUCCUCACUGAUCAAUGGGCUGGUGGGGCGGAAGGUGGUGAGUGUCUCUAGAACGCCAGGCCACACCCGGUAUUUUCAGACCUAUUUUCUCACCCCCUCUGUGAAGCUUUGUGACUGUCCAGGCCUUAUCUUCCCCUCUCUGCUGCCCAGGCAGCUGCAGGUUCUGGCUGGAAUCUACCCUAUUGCCCAGAUCCAGGAGCCCUACACUUCUGUGGGCUACCUGGCUUCCAGAAUCCCUGUGCAGGCCCUGCUGCACCUGCGCCACCCAGAGGCAGAGGACCCUUCAGCUGAGCACCCCUGGUGUGCCUGGGACAUCUGCGAAGCUUGGGCAGAGAAAUGUGGUUAUAAAACAGCCAAAGCAGCUCGAAAUGAUGUGUACAGAGCAGCCAACAGCCUCCUUCGCCUGGCAGUGGAUGGCCACCUCAGCCUGUGUUUCCACCCUCCUGGCUACAGGGAACAGAGAGGUACCUGGGAGUCUCAUGCAGAGAUGGCAGAGCAGGUGCUGUCACAGGGCAAGGUGGGGGGAUCAGGUGAUGAAGAGGAGGAGGAAGAGGAGGAGGAGGAGGAACUGAUCAGCUCCUGUGAGAAAGAAGGAGAGGAGGAUCAGGAUGCAGAUGCAGAGGGAGAAGGAGAUGAGGACACCCCAACUUCAGAUCCUGGGUCCUGCCUAGCAGCUGAAACCCAAGCUGAGACUGAGUGA